AUGCAGCAGAAGCUGACGGAAAACGCGAGUCCCACUUCAUCCAGGGCGUCGUCGUCGUUUUUUAUCGAGAAUCUUCUGGGGAAGGGGCGGAAUGGGCAGGAGUCGGUUCCGGACAGCAGUCGAGGGGAUGCUGGUGCGGAGACGGUCUCCACCGAGCGAAACCUAAACGCGCAGCACGCCGAGACGAGCGCUCCGGCGCCCGGUGGCUUCAGCUCCACAGACCGGUCUGCGCACAGAGAGUCGCCGCUGCAGUGGUACAGCGGGGGGAACUUGAACUUCAGAGCCUUGGAAGCAGCACACAGUCCAAGGGACAUCGCCAGUUCAGAGGACCCCUGCUGCUCAGUAUCAACCAGUGACAGGGGUUCACCCGCCGUGUCUGAGCCAAUAACUGAGGGCAGCGACGAAAUCGACAGGAAAGUGGGCGACAGCAACCUCACGGACGACAACGACGACGCGCCGAACGCCUUUGACGCGCGCUCAGAGCAAGACGCAGCAUCGGACCCGAGCUCCACCCGGAAGAAGAAGACCCGCACCGUGUUCAGUCGCAGUCAGGUCUUUCAGCUGGAGUCCACUUUUGACGUGAAACGGUAUCUGAGCAGCUCGGAGAGAGCAGGUUUAGCAGCAUCGCUCCACCUGACAGAGACUCAGGUCAAAAUCUGGUUCCAGAACCGGAGGAAUAAAUGGAAGAGACAGCUCGCGGCGGAUCUGGAGGCUGCACACAUCCCGAACUCGACCCAGCGGAUUGUCAGGGUGCCCAUCCUCUAUCAUGAGGGACCUACGCCCACUGCAGCUCUGGGUUUCAACUUAAAUGGACAUCCAGUUUCUCCACCCAUAGCGGGCUUCUCCAGCUCCAUCAACUACCCUCUGUCGUCGUUUGCUCACUCCAUGAGCAUGCUCAGAUCGCAGAUGACCGGCCUGGUGUAAAGACUGUUCAAGACUGAUAUAUGAAACUGUUUACAGAAAUUCACCCCGUUAAUGUUAAUCGUGCAAUAACCCACAAUGCCGCAGAAAAAUGUUGAUUGCAUCCAAAGAUAGAGCCGCAGAGUCCGUGAUUAUAACACAAAGUGAUGAAGUAUCUUUCUGUUCAUAAGCCUCGACAAGAGUCUUGACACAGUAUAAACUAUAACAGUCAAGCAUGACAAGGCCGAGGAGGGCAGCGGAGGCCGGAGCUGUUCAUGUAUGUUUGAAUACACACAUAUUUUUGCAAACUUUUAUAUUUAAAGUCACAGAUUUUUUCCAA